UCGGAACUCCGACUUCCAUUCGAGCUCAACAAUGGCGGCACCAUUCCAUCGCAUCCUCUCUCCAUUCUCUCUUCUCCUUCUCCUCUUCCUCUUCUCCACCUCCUUCGCAUCGACGGUCUACGACAUCCUCACCGAGAAUGGCCUCCCCCAAGGUCUCCUCCCCGACGCCGUCAAGGAGUACUCCCUCUUUCCCGAUGGCGAGUUCGUCGUCGAGUUCUCCAAACCGUGCUAUGCCAAAUUCUCUCUUCUUGUUUAUUAUGAGAAGAAGAUAACAGGGAAGCUCGAGUAUGGCAGGAUCUCCAAUCUCUCUGGCAUCCAGGUCAAGAAGUUCUUCAUCUGGGUCGGCGUUGACGAGAUCGUCGCCAGCGCCGAUGAUCGCUCCCUUGAUUUCACUGUUGGGUUUAUCACCGAGAAACACCCUGUCAGCGAGUUCGCCGAGAUCCGUCCUUGCAAGUCAAAGGCCGGGACCUCUUGCCGCGGCGCUGAAUCUCUUUCUCUCAUCUCUGAGGUGUAAUAACCGAUGGCAACCGGUCAUUACAGUCAGUAACUAGUAUGAAUUACAACAUCAAAGAUUAGACCUGGAAAAUAACUGUCAUCUCUCUGGACUUCAAUGACACUUAUUUAAGUGCUUCUAUUGUCAUCUCUCUGAACUUGAAAACUAUUUCUUGUGUUAUCAUUCAAUAAAGACUUGUUUUCCAUUCAGCCAA